UCCGGCAAGAUGAUGAGUUCUAAUCAGGAGGAGGUCACUUUGGGCGCUUUUCUCCAGUAUAUUGAAGAUAUGGGGAUGAAGGCCUAUGAUGGCUUGGUUAUACAGAAUGCAUCAGACAUUGCUCGAGAGAAUGAUCGCAUGAGGAACGAAACAAACCUGGCUUACUUGAAAGAAAAAAGUGAAAAACGUCGAAAACAAGAAGAAGCAAUAAAACGCAUAGGUGGAGAAGUAGUGAGAGGAAAUGAAGGAAGCUAUGUGGGGAAACAUUUCCGCAUGGGAUUUAUGACAAUGCCUGCUCCUCAGGACAGACUGCCACAUCCUUGCUCCAGUGGCUUUGCUGUGAGAUCCCAGUCUCUUCAUUCUGUUGGAGGAACCGACGAUGAAAGUAGCAGCUCUCGUAAGCAGCCACCACCAAAACCUAAACGAGACCCCAACACUAAAUUGAGCACCUCAUCUGAAACAGUCAACACUGGAACAACAAGUAAGAGUGGGAAACUACCGGACAGGACUGAAGUGUCAGCCAAGCCAAGACCUCACAGUGAUGAGUAUACAAAGAAGAUUCCACCUCCUAAGCCGAAACGAAAUCCAAACACUCAGCUAAGCACAUCUUUUGAUGAAACAUAUAUCAAAAAGCAUGGCCCCAUGAAGACAACGCUCACUAGGGAUGCCUCUUUAUCACAGGUCAGCAGUCCUGCCCCAGACACAGAGGAAGAAGAGCCUGUUUAUAUUGAAAUGGUUGGGAAUAUACUCAGAGACUUCAAAAAAGAUGAGGAUGACCAAAGUGAGGCAGUCUAUGAGGAGAUGAAAUACCCUAUAUUUGAUGAUGUAGGCCAGGAUUCAAAAUGUCAAUGUGAAUAUGACCAUCACACUUGUUCUUCUCAGUGUGCUACUCCCACAGUGCCUGACCUAGAUUUCAGCAAGUCUUCAGUGCCAUCUACUCCCAAGGGCUUGCUUUGUGAUAUACCCCCACCAUUUCCAAAUCUACUUUCUCACAGACCUCCACUGCUGGUCUUCCCACCAGCACCAGUGCAGUGUUCCCCGAAUUCUGAUGAGUCUCCUCUAACUCCGCUAGAGGUCACAAAGCUUCCUGUUUUAGAAAAUGUGUCUUACAUCAAACAACAAGCUGGAGCUUCUCCAUCUUCACUACCACCUCAUACCCCAGGCCAUCAAAAACUGGAGAAAGACCAGACAGUGUCUCAUGGAACUACCACCCCUGGGCACACCUCCUCACCUCCUCAUCCUUCUACCUUAUACAGAACACAGUCUCCACAUGGUUAUCCUAAAAGUCACUCUGCCUCACCUUCUCCUGUCAGUAUGGGUAGGUCUCUUACCCCCUUAAGCCUCAAAAGACCUCCACCUUAUGACUCUGUACAUUCAGGAAGUCUCUCAAGAAGCUCUCCAUCAGUGCCUCAUUCUACAGCCAGAAACACAUUGCAAGAAGGAGGAAAGAUGGUAAAUGCCUCGGUCAAUACCUACGGGUCAUCAUCUCAGAGCAGUUCACGUUCUCGGACACCCACCAGUCCUCUGGAGGAACUAACUAGCCUCUUUACCUCAGGACGAAGUCUCCUGAGGAAGUCCUCCAGUGGCAGAAGAUCUAAGGAACCUGCAGAAAAACCACUGGAUGAGCUGAAGAUCAGAAGUCACAGCACUGAACCACUACCAAAGCUGGAAAACAAAGAGAGGGGAGGCCAUCACGGGACAGCUUCUUCCAGGGAGCCAGUCAAAGCUCAGGAAUGGGAUGGCACACCAGGGCCGCCAGUUGUAUCUAGCAGGCUGGGGAGAUCUUCUGUCAGUCCAACCAUGCUGGCUGGAAGCAACAGCUCAGAGCCUAAAACAAGUUGUAGAUUAGGUCGGUCUGCGUCCACUUCAGGUGUGCCUCCUCCAUCUGUUACUCCGCUCAGGCAAGCCAGUGAUCUUCAGCCGAGCCAGGUGACAUGUAUGCAGUGGUUGCAAGGAGAUCAUACAAUGCUGGAUAUGAUUGAGAAAAAACGUUGCCUCUGCAAAGAAAUAAAAGCUCGACAGAAAUCAGAAAAAGGACUCUGCAAACAGGACAGCAUGCCUAUUUUGCCAAGUUGGAAAAAGAAUACUGGGACCAAGAAAUACAGCCCUCCUCCUUAUUCCAAACAACAAACUGUUUUCUGGGACACUGCAAUUUGA